CAUUUCCUCUUUGACACUAAGAAAAACCAUAGGAGCCACGAUCGAGUACUACCUCCAGCUCUCCAAUGGGCUCACUCCCUUCCCCUCCACGACCAGUUACUCCACCAUCACCCGAAAACUCUACUUCCAAUUAUCAAGUUUUUGGCUCUUUUUGCCCUAGGGAUCAACUCCCAAACACAAACAGAUCUAAUUCCAUAGAGUCCUACAAUCCCUCUAACAACACUUGGAGUCAUGUUACCUCAAUCCCUGGCCUACUUGAAAACCAUAUCUUGAAGGGCUUUGCAAUGGUCUCUCUAAGAGACUCCAUUUACGUGAUUGGUGGGAGGCUAUGUACUCACAAAGAGAGAGCUCAAGGCUCUCAAGAUUCAGAUGACUAUGCAGAAGUGGAUGUUGAAGUCCUGCCCGUUGUUUUGUGUUUUAAUGUUGGGUCCAACCAAUGGUCCGAAUGUGCACCAUUAGGCACGCCACGUUAUGAUUUUGCAUGCUCCGUUUGUGAAAAUAAGGUCUACGUGGCAGGGGGGAAGUCCACUCUGGCUAGUGUAAGGGGUCUUUCUUCUGCUGAGGUGUAUGAUCCCGAACUCGACAUUUGGACCCCGUUGCCUAACAUGAGCAUAUUGAGAUACAAGUGUGUAGGGGUGACAUGGCAAGGUAAAUUCUACGUGGUCGGGGGAUUCGCAGAGCGAGAGGACUCAGACCCGGGGCUCUUCAUGGUGUUGCGUAGCUCGGCUGACGUGUAUGAUGCGCAAGCGGGGAAUUGGGGCCACGUACCCAGUAUGUGGCCACUAGAUGUGCCACCAAAUCAAAUUGUCGCGAUGAAUGGCAGGCUAUUUAGCUGUGGGGAUUGCCUAAAUGCAAGAAAGGGUCACAUUGAGGUCUAUGAUGGAGUUAACAUAUGGAACGAACUCGAUGGGUCACAACGUGCUCUUAAUGUAGAUUGGCGACAAAAUCAACGGCUUUACCUCACAAUGGCACCAAUAGGGACCCACUUGUAUUUCUUGACAGGCUAUCGGACGGCCGCGGAUUCAUCAAGAACAAUGUCUAGGGUGCAUGUAUUCGACACAUCGGCGGCCGCUAGCAACACGUGGAGGAGCUUUGAGCCGAUGGAAGAGGAGGGAGAGAAAGAGCUCUGUAGCCAUUGCUGUGUUGUUCAAGUCUAGCAGCAAGCUUUCUAGCCACUAACAGCCACCAUCAACAUCAUGGUACCGGCUCAAUUUAGUGGACUAAGUAAUAUUAUGUGUGAGUUUUCGUACCAAUUUCACUUGUAUUAAGUUUGUAUCCUAGGCAUCUUGGUCGGAUGCAUUAAUUACUCAAACUGUGACCACUAGGGAGUCCACACUCCACGUGAUUUUUCCUACCUUUAUUAGCAAAUAAGAAAAAUCUUGUACC